UCAACCACAUAAUAACCCAACCAAAAUCCCCAAUUUCCCAUCUCACAUUCUCCAAUCCCUCACUCAAACUCCUCCUAAUGGCCACCGCCGCCGCAACCUCCUCCUUCCUCGGUACACGCCUCGCCGAAAUAGUCCCCAGUUCUGGCAGAGUCCAAGCCCGGUUCGGCUUUGGAAAGAAAAAGAGUCCGCCGAAGAAAUCGCCGUCGUCUAAGGUGAUUUCCGACCGGCCCCUGUGGUUUCCAGGAGCCAAGGCCCCGGAAUGGCUGGACGGAAGCUUGGUAGGGGACUAUGGAUUUGAUCCAUUUGGGUUGGGGAAACCGGCCGAGUAUUUGCAGUAUGAUUUGGACUCGUUGGAUCAAAAUUUGGCCAAGAAUGUGGCCGGAGAUAUAAUUGGGACAAGAUUUGAGAGCGCGGAAGUGAAAUCGACGCCGUUUCAGCCGUACACGGAGGUAUUUGGAUUGCAGAGAUUCCGUGAGUGUGAGCUUAUUCAUGGACGGUGGGCAAUGCUGGCUACACUCGGUGCUCUCUCUGUUGAAUGGCUCACCGGUGUUACUUGGCAAGACGCCGGAAAAGUAGAAUUAGUGGAAGGUUCAUCGUACCUAGGCCAACCACUUCCCUUCUCCAUCACUACACUAAUCUGGAUCGAAGUUCUAGUGAUCGGUUACAUUGAGUUCCAAAGGAAUGCGGAGCUGGACCCGGAGAAAAGGUUGUACCCAGGAGGCAAGUUUUUCGACCCUCUGGGGUUGGCUGAGGACCCAGAAAAGAAAGCAGUGCUACAAUUGGCUGAGAUCAAGCAUGCUCGCCUAGCCAUGGUUGCGUUCCUUGGGUUUGCGGUUCAAGCUGCUGUGACUGGCAAAGGUCCACUCAACAACUGGGCUACCCAUCUCAGUGACCCUCUCCACACCACUAUUAUUGACAACUUCUCUUCUUAAGGCUCCUCUUAAUUGUCUCCUCCAUUACUCGUCUUCUUCAUUAUUGUCUCUUUCCAGUUUGUAUAAAACUUGACUGAGUUAUGUGAUCCUGAGCUGUAAGUAGUACUUUGCUUCGCGAUUCCUAUGUUAAAUUAUAUUAUAUAUGGUGUUACGACACAAAUCAAAAACCGUUCUUUAUUUCAUUC